UUCACUCAUAUACAACUGCGGUCUGCGAUACGUCAAUAAAUACUUGAUUGUAGAUUAUAUCACAAUUUAUUCAGAUUACUUUAUAUUUUCUCAGCAUUUAGAACUUUCAAUUAUGAAAAUAGAAUGUGUAUUUGAAAAAAUAUAAUUGCAUCAACAGUAAAAAAAAUGUCGCUUGACCAAACUGUUUGUGAAGAUUUGAAAGCCUUUGAAAGACGGUUGACCGAGGUUAUAUCAAGCUUGCAACCUGCUACAUUACGAUGGAGAAUCCUGUUGGGAUUCAUUUCUGUAUGCACUGCUGUUGGUGCUUGGUAUUGGCUCACAGAUCCAAUUACAUCUACAGUACCAUUUACACAAAGUUUAUGGAAUCAUCCAUUUUUCACAGUAGCUAGUUUUAUAUUAGUAAUACUAUUCUUGUUAGGUGUUCAUAGAAGAGUAAUAGCUCCAAGCAUUAUAACUCAAAGAGCUCGUAGUGUUUUAGGAGAUUUCAAUAUGAGUUGCGACGACACAGGCAAACUUAUUUUGAAACCUACAAGGCCAUCUCAUCUUCAUGAUACAUGAAGAUAAUCAUUACAAAUUUGUUCAUAGAUAAUUUUAUACAAAGUUAGUUAGGAUUAAGAAAAAAUGUAUGCCGUUUGAGAGAUCUCUUGUCAGCUUUUUCCAGGAGUGAGAAAUAGGAAUUUAUGUGAAAAAUGGAAAAACAAAGUCAAUAAUAGCUUUAUAAAUUUUUCUUUUUCUUUUAUAGUUAGACUGUUCAAAUAUUAGAAUAACUUUUGAUUUUAUGGCUGAGUUUCUUAAUGUUAGAUUAUCAAAUGCUUUGUACAUAGUACCUUAUAGUCAUGAUCAUUUAUUCAUUUACCUUUUAAAUAUUGUGAUUAAAUCAUCGAAUGUAUGGAUGAACUUGUAUAAAAAAUAUUUAUGGUGACAAUGUUGACACAAGACAAUAAAUUUAAUUGCUAAAGUAUGUUUUGAUAAAUAAAUAAUCAGUAUUUGUGAAGUAUUAACAUCUUAAAUUUCACUG